CACACCCCUCUGAUGGGCCCACCCCUAGCGGCUGUUUCACCAAGAGCUCUCCCAGACGAUGACUUGGAGGACCAGCAGGAGUCUGACUGCACACCAGCGGAGGGGAGUCACAUCGCUUCCUGGAACAGCCUCCUUCCCUCCCUCGCUCUCUUACUUUAGUGUUCUGAGAGGUGGGUCCAGCGCACAGUUAAAUGCAGCCCCUGAGUGUGGAAUAACACUGUCAGAUAAGCCAGGAAUCACUGGAAAAACAGUAUAACUGCAGAACAACAUGGCUCUCAGGAGAUCCAGCAAAGAACCCAACAUUGAGCUCUUCAUAAAGGCUGGUCUGGACGGGGAGAAUGUGGGCAACUGCCCUUUCUGUCAGCGGCUCUUCAUGGUCUUGUGGCUGAAGGGGGUCAAGUUCACUGUGACCACUGUGGACAUGAAAAAGAAGCCCGAGGAGCUGAAGGACCUGGCGCCGGGGACCAACCCUCCUUUCCUCCUGUUCAACGGGGAGCUCAAGACAGACUUCCUCAAGAUCGAGGAGUUCCUGGAGCAGACGCUGGCUCCCCCCAGGUACCCUCGGCUCAGCCCGCUGAACAAGGAGUCCUUUGACGUGGGCAGCGACAUCUUCGCCAAGUUCUCUGCUUUCAUUAAGAACAGCCCGGCCAACAAGAAUCUUGAGAAGGCCCUGCUGAAAGAGUUCAAGCGCCUGGACGACUACCUGAACACUCCGCUCCCCGAGGAGAUUGACCCCAACAGCACAGAGGAUCUCCUCGUCUCCAACAGGAAGUUCCUGGAUGGCGACCAGCUCACCUUGGCCGACUGCAACCUGCUGCCCAAGUUACACAUCAUCAAGAUUGCCGCCAAGAAAUACUGUGACUUCGACAUCCCCAGCCAGUUCACGGGCGUGUGGCGCUACCUGAAAAACGCUUCCGAGAGAGAGGAGUUCAGCCACACGUGCCCCGCUGACGAGGAGGUUGAGAGGGCCUACCUGGGGGUGGCCACCCAGAGGAAGUGACCAGCAGGAGCCCGAGAGUCGUGGGG